AAAAACUACUAUGCAGUUGACAGUCAAACACCGAAGACUGAAGACAGUAGAGACUCUACUACUUACAUUGACAAGUCCACUUCCAAACCCUAUAAUUUCCAGUCUUAUCUCUGUGUAUUCCCAAAAUUUCUCAAAAUUCCAUCUACCAUUUUUGGUGUUUCCCUUUCUAUCAUUGGUUAAUAUAACAUUAACACCAGUAUAUUAAUUAUUCAGAAUAAGGCUUUUACUUUAAUCAUACUACUCCUACUAUCUUCACUAUAUUCUCUAUUCAUUAAUUACUGCCCAUCUACUUCUGUAUCUUCUCCUUUCAGAUUCCAAACUAACACUUACUAAUACUUUAACUUAAGCUGCCACCGGCUAUUAAUUCUCUUAUAUUCUGUUUAUUCUUUGAGUAAAAGGCGGGUGUGGACAGCUAUUUCUCAUUCUCUUCUCUUUUUAGACGUGGGUUUAACAUUAACAUAGUUCAGAUCAGUUCGUGAUCGAUUUGCUGGAUUAGCACCUAAAAUACGAAUUAAGAUCAAAGAAGAAGACUAUGAGAGAUCCUCGGCGUUAUUUGUUUGUUUGGGUUAUCUUACUCAUUAUACUCCUUUUACUCUUGAUGCCAUUCUUCAUCUUCCCUAGCUCUUCUAGAAACAUCAAGUGCUUAGUUAGCAGCAAACAUAAAAAUGACUUACAACUUCAGAAGAAAUUUAGAGAUAAAAAGAGCAAAAAUGAAAGAAUUAGGAGAAUCCUAAGAGGGCCAGGGUCAUUUCCACCGCGGUGUGCGUCAAAGUGUGGGAAGUGCACGCCAUGCAAGCCGGUGCACGUUCCGAUGCCUCCAGGGACGCCUGUAACUGCUGAAUAUUACCCAGAAGCAUGGAGGUGUAAAUGUGGUAAUAGGUUGUAUAUGCCUUAAUUACUUUCAUUAAUAAUACUCACUACUUAAUCAAAUAUACUAAUAAUAGUGAUAUUAGUAUUACUUAGUGUUAUUAAUUAAUCAAUCUCAAUAUAAGUUUAAAGCAUCCAUUUAAUACUCUACUUAAUUUCUUCUAGCUAGCUCUCUUAAAUGGGUCUUGUUUCGCUAAUUAGUGUUGAUUAAUUAGUUAGGAUAAGAAUACCAUUCUUUUCGAACCUAUCAUUUUAUAAUCUUUGAUCCAAUCAUCGACUCUGAUACCAUAUUAAAUUAGAUUGGACUUAUUGUGAAUGCCAGCAAUGAGGUACUGCACACACUUCAUAAGCCGAGGAAUAUAUGUUAUCCCAAAAUCAUAUGGUAAGAAGAAGAAGGAUUCCAAUAACUUAUAAAAUACGCAUAUCAUCUUUAAUUUUUCGACGUGAGAUGAAGGAUCCUAAUAUAGGUUUUGUUCACUUCACUAACACAAUCUCCACGAACAUGCAUGCUACUUAAUGAUGUCUGUUGACUGUUGGAUAUACUCUUCAAUCAUCAUUCUCACAAUUAUUAAAUAGAUUAUUAUUACCAAUCCUUAUUAUUAUGAAAGUACGGCAAAUGUCUUAUCUAUUGUAUAAAUGUACAUAUUGUUCUUAGUCAUCAUUUAAUAACAAGGGGGGAUCCAAGGCUGUUAAUAUUGUGAACUGAUAGAAUAUAAGUUAUAUAUAUUAUGUAAACUAUGAAUGUUAAUAUAUGUGCUGGCGAAUUUAGUAGGAAUUUUAUUAUGUGACAAUAUUAAUUCAAUUUCAAACCUUAUUAACUAUAAUUUUUUUGAAAUUUGAUCGUAUCAUUUGAUUUUGUUCUAGAUUUAUCUCUCUUUGAUAAUAAUAUUGAUACAGGAAACUAUCCAAUUGGUCUAGGUGACAACGCUCAAAUUAAAAAAAUACGAUAAAGAUUGGUUAUGAGUAGCAGGCAACAGCUAAAGCUAGUAGUGGAUCCAGCGUGUUGCUGAGGUCAGUAGACAUCACUUAAAUCCAAAAUAAAAUCAAAUAUUUUGUGUAAAUAUACACUAGAUGAGUUGGUUAGUGUAUGGGACCAAGGAUCAAAACUUAAUAGACAUGUGUUACUUAAUGUUCUUGUAUAGGACUGGAUACAAUUAAAUUGAUGACUAUGUCUGAGUUAGUCUUUAGGGUUUUUCCUUAUGAAAAGGUUGGUGCUAGUUAUUUGAAAGUUUUUUUUGCUAUCUUCCCAACCUUACAAUAAGAUCACUCCAAUUUCAUAUGGUUCCGCACAAGUAACACUAGAUAGAAAGGCUCAGAAUGGUUUUCCAAGAACCUUUUUCGAUGCUUAAGUCAGUAAGUAUCUCGAAUGUAUGCGUAAUUAAUCCCUACCCAAGUGCACAAUGGCUCUUAGCUUGAAGGAUUAAUAUUAGAGUUUUUUAUAGGUGAGGCCGAAGUUUUUGUCACUUAGUUCUCAAUAAACAUUGCUUGAAGAACAAAUAUAUAUUCGAGAGUAAAUGCUUGCACUAUUGAAGAUUAAAUAGUUUGUAUUUGAUGUCUGAAGUUACUAUUUAUACUCGGAGUAUGUCCCUGCUCAUUGCUCCAUAGAAUGUCCCUUUUGACCUCCUGAUGUUACCAUUAUUGACAUUAAGACAUGACCUUAGGUUCUAAUGCAAAUCUUGACCUUUCCCGAAAAGGAGAAAUCUAUUUCUAUUUCCAAUGAUUGUGUGUGUCAGAUACAUAAUGAUUAUAGGAAAUAUACUGCAUAGAUAUUGUGUUAUCUCUACUUUGCAUUAAUGACCCAAAUCUCGGCAAAUCUCUCCAUAUCACAUAGUUUUUCUCAUAAGUUAAACCCUUCACCUACUCAGUAAUUUGUCUAGUAGCUAGAAGUGAUGACUUCCUUCCCAUAAAUGAUGGUCCAAAGAAGAGCCUCCAGAACAGGUCAUCUUUGGUCUAAACCAGACUGUCCAGGUUGUCUUUUGGUCCAAACAACCCAUAGUCCAGUCUAAUUCCUAUCAAAUGUCUUCUAACACUAACCACAUAUGAUCUAGUUCAAACUUAUAGAGCUAUCUUUUCUUCCAGAUGACCUAACAUCUGGUCUAGAC